AUGUAUCAUGCCAACACAUGCACACAAACAAACAGGCUUCGACAGUGGCAGAAAACAGAGGAAGGAAGGAAGCGAGGAAGGAAGGAAGGAAGGAAGCGAGCAUUUCAACAAAUGGCUCACGGGAGAGUCGUCCUCCUGAUGCUCCUGUUCGCGUUGCUCUUCGCCUCCUCCCUCUGUGGCUCUCCGACCAUUGCGCCUGAGAGAAAGGCCAUCGAGAUCAGCAUCGGCGUCGGCAAUGAGACCGAAUUCCUCAACGACAAGCAGUACAAAGCGUACAUUGUGAUCCAGCGGUUCAAGAAGAUCAUCACCUGCGACCCCGGCGGGGUGACCAACUCCUGGGUGGGCCCCCGGCCUUGCAACUACCAGGGGUUUCACUGCGGCGCCCCGGAGGACUCCCCCGACGAGCCGACCAUCGCUGCCGUCGACUUCAACGGCUACAACCUCAGCGCCCCCUCCGUGUCUGGCUUCUUGGACCAUCUCCCGGACCUCGCUUUCUUCCACUCCAACUCCAACAACUUCUCCGGCCCCAUCCCCGACCUCUCUGGGCUACGGUACCUCCGUGAGCUCGACGUCAGCAACAGCGCCCACACCGGCGCCUUCCCCGCGGCCGUCCUCUCUCUCCGCAACCUCAUCUUCCUCGACAUCCGCUUCAACCUCUUCGCCGGCGCUGUCCCGGCCUCCGUCUUCAACCUCGACCUCGACGUGCUGUUCCUCAACGACAACAAUCUCAACAAGCCACUGCCGGCCGCCAUCGGAAGCUCGCCCGUCGCGUACCUUACCCUGGCCAACAACGGCUUCACCGGCCCAAUUCCACGGUCGAUCUCCAAAGCUUCGAAAACCUUAAUUGAGGUGCUCCUCCUCAACAACAAUCUCUCCGGCUGCUUGCCUCAGGAAAUUGGAUUGCUGAGCGUCGCGACGGUCUUCGACGCUGGAUCCAACCGUAUCACGGGGCCGAUUCCCUGGUCCUUUGCCUGCCUCCUCAAGGUGGAGCAGCUCAACCUGGCGGAGAACCUGCUCUACGGCGAGGUGCCAGAUCUGGUGUGCCGGCUCGCCACGGACGGCAACUUGGCUAAUCUAUCUCUCUCGGGAAACUACUUCACCUGGCUAGGGCACUCCUGCUGGGGCUUGAUCGACGCCGGAGUGCUGGACGUGAGGCGGAAUUGCAUACUAGGUCUGCCGGAGCAGAGGUCGCCGACGGAGUGCGCGCGCUUCCUGUUGCGGGCGAAGUACUGCCCCUUCCGGUACGAGGUGCCGUGUAGUCUGACCACGUGCGCGGUGAAGGCGGCGGCGCCACCGCGGUACGUGACGUAUGAGGCGCUUCGUCCGCCGCCCCGCAAUUAGAUCUUAAUCACUCGGUCAAUAUGAUUAAUUAAUUAAUUAUGGAUUAGUACUUGACAAGAAUAUCCGUGGAAGAUGGAGGCUGUGAGAGCGUUGGUUUCUAUUUUUAUUUUUAAAAAAAUAUAUGUUUUUCUUUUUCUUAAAA